AUGUACUCUCUCAACUUCAUCAUGGCCGUCCUGGCCCUCGGAACUUUCAUCUCUGCUGUGCCUGUCGAGCCACGUCAGGCCACCAACUCGAUCGUUGCGGCGCCCCUCUUCCCCACCGGCCCCGGUCUCGUCCCUCCUCCAGCUAUGCUGGGCCCGUACGGCCUCAAAUCCUCAUCCGCCUCCGCCUCCACCGAGCAGCCCUCUACUUUUACCCAGCAGACUGCCACUUUCACUAAGAAGCCCUCCAUUUCCGCCAAGAAGCCCUCUACCAGCUCCUAG